AUGCAUGUGGAGGCGGUUGUGAGAAGCCGGCAUUUGCUGUCGCAGAACUCAAAUUGCACUCCACCUGCCAUCGAGGAAUUCCCUCCGGAUUUCCUCAGCCCCUCGCAAAGGAGUCGCGGGGGGAUCAUCAUCCAUUUCCUCAUCGGGAUCUACCUAUUUCUCGGCAUUGCCAUCGCCUGCGACGAAUAUUUCGUCCCGUCUCUAGAUGUCAUCUGCGAUGAGCUGGAUUUGUCCUCGGACGUCGGAGGAGCGAGCUUCAUGGCGGCCGGGUCCUCUUCUCCCGAGCUUUUCACCAAUCUGCUCGGGACGUUCGUGACGGAAGGGGACGUUGGAUUGGGGACCGUCGUCGGGAGUGCCGUCUUCAACAUCCUCGGGGUCGUCACUCUGUGCGGUCUCUUUGCCGGCAUGGUGAUCCCUGUGGAUUUCUGGGCCCUCAGUCGCGAUUGUGCGGCCUAUGGAGUUUCCGUCAUCAUCCUUAUUCUCGUCAUCAAUGAUGAACUCGUGGUCUGGUGGGAAGCUCUGAUACUCUUCUUUGCAUACUUCCUCUACGUCAUCGGCAAGCCUUUCCCCGAUCCUCCUCAAAAAUUAAUUUUCCAUUUAUUGUGUCACAAUCCGUUUCCUGUCUUUUUCUUCAGUAAUGCUUUGGAUCAAGAGGAAGGUUUCGGAGUGGGGAUGGAAGCUAGUGGCAACCCAAGAUUCGGAGGGCGACGGAGAACGGACACCACUCUUGUCCAGUCUGGUUUCCGACUCCUCUGUCGCAUCGCAUUGCCGUAUUUCUUAACGUCAUUCGUGAAAGCUGGACGUGAUUCGACAGAGAGCUCCUUGGAGGAGGGAGAGAAAUCGGAACCCGUCGCGAUCUGUAACGGAUGGUGUCCACCGGGUCUAGAAGAGGAAGAGGGCAGCAUAAGCACGGGGUGGCGAAUCUACUGGAUCCUCACGUGGCCCAUCCGUUUCCUCAUGUUUCUCACCAUCCCCGACUGCAGGAAGAAGAACUGGAGGAAAUUUUACAUUCUCGCCUUCCUAUGCUGCAUCCUCUGGAUCGGCGGACUCUCUUACCUGGUCGUCUGGAUGAUCACUAUCAUCGGUAGGUCAUCUCCCUCGUAUGGAUAUUUGAGAACGGGUGAAAAGAAGCAGACAGGCCCCGCGAGUUCAUUCAUCUCCUUCCGGGCGAUGGUGCACAACUGGGAUAAUGCCCUGAGAUGGGUGGACAAUAAGACAAACUAUGAUUUCUUCAUCCCAGAAAUGAGUUAA